UCCUGGCGCGGCCCUUCAGCCGGGGCGCUCACCUCGAUCCUGAGGUGUUCUCGUAAUCCCAUCUUUCCUCUGGGGCCCAGUAGUCUCUCUUGACCCAGGCAGUUCGCCCCCACCUCUUAACCCUUGUAUCAGCUUCCUCAGUCUUCUUCGUUUACCCCCAACUUUCCGUCCCUGCUCCUGUCUUGGCUUGAGGUGACUUUCAAGAACUUAGUCAAGAGACUGUUAAAUGUGAAGCUCUUACUUUCAGGCUAGACCUAUGAUCAUUACCCUGAGUGUUCACUGCACAUUUUCUAAAGUGUCUUCCUCGCUUCUAAUGUGUAGUCCUUCAAGAUGGACCUGCUACUUUAGCUAAGAUAUGACCAGCAAUGAAUAGUGGUAAGAUAUGUGCUGAUUAGAAGGCUCACUUGUUCAGUGUGGAGGAUAAGACGGUGCCUUACCAAAAUGGGGUUUGGGAGUGACUUGAAGAAUUCACAUGAAGCUGUAUUAAAAUUGCAAGACUGGGAAUUACGGUUACUGGAAUCAGUGAAGAAAUUUAUGGCCCUGAGAAUAAAAAGUGAUAAAGAAUAUGCAUCUACUUUACAGAAUCUUUGUAAUCAAGUUGACAAGGAAAGUACUAUCCAAGUGAAUUAUGUCAGCAAUGUAUCCAAGUCUUGGCUGCUUAUGAUUCAGCAGACGGAACAGCUUAGUAGGAUAAUGAAGACACAUGCAGAAGACCUAAAUUCUGGACCCUUACACAGGCUUACCAUGAUGAUCAAAGACAAGCAGCAGGUGAAGAAAAGUUACAUAGGUGUUCAUCAGCAGAUAGAGGCUGAGAUGAUCAAGGUUACAAAGACAGAAUUAGAGAAAUUAAAAUCCAACUAUAGGCAAUUAAUAAAAGAAAUGAAUUCUGCCAAAGAGAAAUAUAAAGAAGCUUUAGCUAAAGGAAAAGAAACAGAAAAGGCCAAGGAACGUUAUGAUAAAGCCACGACGAAACUACAUAUGUUGCAUAAUCAGUAUGUGUUGGCAUUGAAAGGGGCACAACUUCAUCAGAAUCAGUAUUAUGAUUCCACACUUCCCUUGCUUUUGGACUCCCUGCAGAAGAUGCAAGAAGAAAUGAUCAAUGCACUAAAAGGUAUAUUUGAGGAAUACAGCCAGAUAACCAGUCUUGUUACAGAGGAAAUAGUGAAUGUCCAUAAAGAAAUUCAAAUGUCGGUUGAACAGAUAGACCCUAGCACAGAAUAUAGUAAUUUCAUAGAUGUUCACAGAACAACAGCUGUUAAAGAGCAAGAAAUUGAGUUUGAUUGUUCCUUACUAGAAGAAAAUGAAAAUCUUCAGGCAAAUGAAAUCAUGUGGAAUAACUUAACAGCAGAAGGUUUACAAGUAAUGUUGAAAACUUUAGCAGAAGAACUUAUGCAGACACAGCAGAUGCUUUUAAACAAGGAGGAGGAUGUCAUGGAGUUAGAAAAAAGAAUUGAGCAAUCAUCUAAGAUCUAUGAAAAGAAGUCUGAUAUUGUGCUUUUACUAAGCCGAAAACAGACACUUGAAGAGUUGAAAUACUCAGUACAGCAGCUACGAUGCACUGAGGCAAAGUUUACAGCACAGAAACAAUUACUAGAGCAAAAAGUACAAGAAAAUGAUGGAAAAGAGCCACCUCCAGUAGUGAAUUAUGAAGAAGAUGCACGGUCAGUUACAUCGAUGGAAAGAAAGGAGAGACUCUCCAAAUUUGAGUCUAUUCGGCAUUCAAUUGCUGGAAUAAUUAAGUCUCCAAAAUCUGCACUUGGCUCUUCAACAUUCACAGAUGUGAUUCCCCUAAGUGAGAAGCCACUAGCAGAACAGGACUGGUACCACGGUGCAAUUCCCAGAAUAGAAGCACAAGACCUUCUGAAACAACAAGGAGACUUCUUGGUGCGAGAGAGCCAUGGGAAACCUGGUGAAUAUGUCCUUUCUGUAUAUUCUGAUGGACAAAGGAGACACUUUAUCAUACAAUUUGUUGAUAAUCUAUAUCGAUUUGAAGGCACUGGGUUUUCAAACAUUCCUCAACUUAUAGAUCAUCACUAUACAACAAAACAGGUCAUCACUAAGAAAUCAGGCGUAGUUUUGCUUAAUCCCAUUCCAAAGGAUAAGAAGUGGAUUCUCAAACAUGAAGAUGUCAUAUUGGGAGAAUUACUGGGCAAGGGAAAUUUUGGUGAAGUAUAUAAGGGAAUAUUAAAGGAUAAAAUUCCUGUUGCUGUUAAAACAUGUAAAGAAGAUCUUCCUCAGGAACUGAAAAUAAAAUUUUUGCAAGAAGCCAAAAUUCUCAAGCAAUAUGAUCAUCCUAAUAUUGUCAAGCUUAUAGGAGUUUGCACACAAAGACAGCCAAUUUACAUCAUUAUGGAGCUGGUUCCAGGAGGUGAUUUCCUCUCCUUUCUGAGAAAGAAGAAGGAUGAACUAAAACUCAAACAAUUAGUGAAAUUUGCGUUAGAUGCUGCUUCUGGUAUGGCAUAUCUUGAGAAUAAAAACUGUAUACACAGGGAUCUUGCCGCAAGAAACUGCCUGGUAGGUGAAAAUAGUGUUCUGAAAAUCAGUGAUUUUGGAAUGUCUCGUCAAGAAGAUGGUGGAGUGUAUUCAUCUUCUGGCUUAAAGCAGAUUCCCAUUAAAUGGACAGCACCAGAAGCUCUUAAUUAUGGGAGAUACAGCUCUGAGAGUGACGUGUGGAGCUUUGGCAUCCUCCUCUGGGAGACCUUCAGCUUAGGGGUCUGCCCUUACCCUGGAAUGACAAAUCAACAAGCACGGGAGCAAGUAGAAAGAGGAUACCGAAUGUCAGCCCCUCAGAACUGUCCAGAGGAUAUUUUUAAAAUUAUGAUGAAAUGUUGGGAUUAUAAACCUGAACAGCGUCCCAAGUUUGCUGACCUUCAGAGAGAGCUGGCCACCAUCAGGAGGAAAAUCACAUAGUGACAGAGCAGCACCCCCCUCAGCCUCAACUCUGUCCUCCAGCAGAGUAACAUUGUUCUCAUUAACAAUGAGUUUAUACCACAUUACCUGCAACAAUCUUCUAAGGUUAUUUUUUUAUUAACUUUUUAAAAAUAUGUGCCACUUAAAGAAAAAGGCAUUGAAGAAAUAGACAGUCCACCAGGGGCUUUUUGAGCUCACCACAGCAAUCCUGCCAUUUCAGGCCAUUAUAAAUAAAAAAGCACAGGCUGUAACCAUGAGGGUUUACAGAUCGUUUUCACACCAGGACCACUGACAUUGCUCAAAGUUUUCUACUUCAACACAGUUCAUGGGCUGCUCUCCUGUGCCACAGCCUCUCCUCAGUUGGUGCUGUAAGGUGUACUGGUAAUGCCAUGUUUGCAGGACACAUUCCAGCCGAUGUUGUCUUUCUGCUCUGCCAAGCAAGGCAAAAUUAUAUUUGUAAAAGUCAUUUUAUAUGGAGAAUUAUGUGGACCUCCUAGAGUUCUUCUUUUCUCUCUUGCCAAAAACCAAUUGCCGUGUUAGAGUCAUCAUGUUCCUGUGUUUGUUAGCAAGGUUGUCAUUUCUGUCCCAUCAGAAAAUGACAUGUGAAAAGUCUUAACUAGCACACUAGUACAACUGAAGCAGCAGCUUUAACAGCAGCACUGUGAUGGCUAGAAGUGAGUUUGAACAGGGGUGGGGGGUCGCCUAGGGACAAGCAGCUAAAGUAGUGAUCAAAGAGGAAGAAAAUAUAAAAUCUGCCUUCUCACCAGAUCACACACAGAGAUAUGCCUUUAAAAACACACACUUUUGCUCUGAAUUCACACACAAAAAAUGUAAGUUCUCAGAAAUGUUUUAAGGAGUUCAUUGGUAAAAGCCUUCUUAAUGGCGACAAAAAAAAAUUGAGAGAAACUAUAAGGCACAGGUUCACAGAAAUAACAUACUUUUGGGUAAGGACCAUCCCCCCAGAGGAGACAUCCCAGAAUCUAAUUCCCCUCAUCUGUACCAUUGUCAUUAUUGUUAGAAUCUCAUGAUCCUAGUUCACAGACAUAUCUGUGUGUGCACACACCUGUUGCUGCCAUGAAGUAGGGCAGGCAUGAGUGACACAUAAGUCAGAUGGACAUUAUUGAGGAAAAAUAGACAGGGCCAACCCUCCUGUUUCCAUUUGCUCCCCUCAGUCCCCUUACACUGCUACUUGGAAAUUUUUAUCAGCUGACAGGUGCAUGAGCACAGUUCUGGGGACGUUUCAUAUGAAUACUAUGUGACUCGAGUUAAAACUAGGAUUCCAUUGAGCUAAAUCUUAGCUACAUCCAGGGAACUUACCCCAUAUUCUGUAUAAAGUUGCCUCUCAGGAUAAAUAUGUGCAUAGGAGAUGGUCACACUCAGGGGUAAAUGUGGCCUAGCAGACUUUGAUGAGUGCUGAGGCCUAUGUCCAGAUAGCAACUUAGUGAUUAUUUAGUCUACAUUCAUGGGAAGAGCUUAUGGGAUAGAAAUUCCCCUUUUCUUGCCCUAUCCAACUGUUUGCUACCUAUGAAUAACAUUGCACCUAACUCACACUCCAUACUUUUAAGAGGAUAAAAGAUAAUAAUGAAGUGGAAAAUGGCUUGGGUAUGCCAUUUUAAUCUCUUUGAAAGAUUUACACACAAUUAAUGAUUACUACAUCCAGAAUAAAAUGAAAACAUUAUAAACUUGCCCUUAAAAUAUAUUGUAAUAUACAAAGCAGCUUUUCUUAAUCAAUAUGGUUUUCCCUUCUGUCAAAUGGAAAUUACUUUUGAUGGCAUUUACUGUGAUAAAUCAAAACACAGAUCCAAGACUUAUGAUUGUCAUGGUCUUCAGGCACUUGCCAGUCUCUAAAAGGAAGAAUCAGAGGAGUGUAAAUACACCCUUUGUCAGUAUUACCAAGUGAAUAUCUCUAUAAUAUUCUUUGUUUAAAGAAAACAGCCUCCUUCACUUAGUAGCCUUAAUACUAAGUUCUCAAUAAGGAAAGAGAAUGAUGGCUUGGGCUUUAAUUUUGUGAAAAAAAACCUGAAGCUUAAUCUUUGUAUUGUCAUGUGAAAAAUGAACAUGGCAUUGAUACUUCAUUCAUCCAGGCUGAUAAAAUUGCAGUUCACAUCAGAACUCUGUGCUUAAAUUGAAGAAACUUUUCAAAACAUCAUGACAUCUAUAGCAUUUAAAUUCUAUUUCGUUCUUUGUCCCAAGGCAGGCAGUGGUACAGUUCAGGAUUAAUAGCUCAUUGGGAGUCUUGCAAGAGCUUAUCAGUUGUAUAGAACAUUAACUUUAAUAUAGGCACAUGCAUUAAGAAAAACUUAUGAAAACCAUUUUUUUACUGUUAAUUUUGUAGUGCUUAAAGCAUAAUUUAUUCAUCCCCUCUGUCACUGAUAAUUAUUGGAAUUAUGUACUUUCGGAGGCUAAUCCAUACCCAAAAGCACGCACAUGAAUACUGUUCUGAAUUUGCAAGUUGAUGUAGGGAAAGAAGGCUACAGAAAUGCACAAAAUCCUAGGAUUUAUUUAGUAAAAAAUCAGUUGUAAUCAGAAUUACCUAUGGUCUCAGUGUAAUUAUGCCAGGUCACAAAUUUUGGGGUUGACAAAUUUUCCAAAAAUUUCGUGUCAUAAUAACUUAAACUUAUAAACAAAGUGGGGGACAGGUAGUAAUUUACAUAAAUUUCUUAUCAACAGAGCCUAUCACCUGCAUUUUUAUAUCUUGACUCACCAAGGAGCUAUUAUGGGAAAUAUAUAAAUAGUUCAUUUUUCAAGAAAGGAAAUAUUUUAUAGCCAAAUUAACAUUUAUCACCAACAUUUGAACUAAAAUUAAUUUUGUGUUCCACGUAAUUUAAGGUUACUUCCACAACCAAUGUAUUCUUUCUCUUCCAAGAAAAUAAUAAUAAAGUAUUAAUAGGUUUUAUUUAAACUUUCAAAUCCAGAGGCUUUUAUUUCAGCCCAUCCUGCUACUAGGUCUCCAGUGAAAGGUAUCACAUAAUUACUUUUCUUUUAUCUUCCCAAUUUAAUGUUGGCAAUAAAGUCCUUCAUCUAUGCCAUUUUACAUAAACACAUUAUUAUUGAAACAUUUUACACUCAGAUCAGUAUAGACAUGAACCUAAUGUUUUUAUUGUAUUAGCUGCUAUUCAGUGCACAUUUCACAAUUGUUUUUCAUUUGGGGUUAUUAUUUUUUUAGGUUUAGUCAUUGGAAUAGUUUUAAUUCUUUUAAACUACAGUAUGGGCUUUUUUUGGUCUGUUAUAGUCAUAUUUCAUUUUUGCCAUUUUUGUAUAGUUUGGUUAGUACCACUAAAAUAACUCUGGUUUGACAAUAUUGAUAAAAGCAUAUGUCAAGAAGACUGUUUUAAUUAUGAUCUAGACCACACACUGAGUUCUUUGUUAAGAGAUCAACAUAAGAAUUAGAAUGCAGCAAUACACAACCAGGUGGUCUCUUGGCGUUAUUCUUAGUUACCCAGUCACUCCACCUAAAAUUUUUUUAAGAAUACCUAAAAACCAUGCUUAGUAUGGUUAUACUGUUUUGUGGUUAUGUAUCCUUGAGCUGAGAUUAAUUGAUAUUGUCUGAAAAGGGGUUAUUUGCCUCAGCCCUUUUCUGUUACACACACUUUCUUGAUCACAGCAUCUGUAUUUUAGAUGUUUCUUAUCAACAGAAUUCAUUGAUCCUGAGCACUGUUCUGAAUCAUAUUAGAUUCCCUCUAUAUGAGCCCUCACACAAAGCAGAGAAUAACACAAAAGGAGCAACAAAAGGGCAGACAACUGAAAAAGACACAUUUCCUUUAUGCAUAAAUAUCUUGAUUAAAUGGAAACAAAGAUUUUAUAUGAAAAUGUUUAUAUUACAUUUCCAUUAAACUAUUAAGUUAGCAUAAGUGUCUACCAUUAAAGUGUUACCUCCCUUACUACUAACUCUGAUUUUCCAAUACAUACCAGAAUUUAUUAAAUAUUUUUUCUGUUGUAGUUUCAUACCGAGUCUGAAUACUGUAUAAUUUGAAAAAUACAGAAAUGUAUCUUCAUUUCUUAUUUAAAAGUGAAAAUUUCAUGUGCCAAAAGUGGCCUGAGGGAGAUUCUAGUGUACUGUCUUAGAGUCCCAUAAAAUUCUCCUUUAAAAAAUAAUGCUACAAUAUAGAAGGUGUAUAAACUAUAUUUCAGUCAGAAUUCAACUUAAUGGAAUAUUUAUUGCUCCUUAAAAAAUCAUCCUACUGCCUCAGUGAUUCAAAAAUUAAAUUAUGAAUUGUUAAGUUAUAGACAUUAAGACUCAUUUAGCAGUCUAACAAGGACUGAGAUCCUUGGGUAGUAGAAAAAUUUGGCUGUACUAAAUCCCUGGUCCCUUUAAACUACACAGACGUAAUGCACAGAAACUUCAGCUUAUCAACUUAUAUGGUGCUGAGCCAAGUAUCUACCAAGGCAAAGAAAAAAGACUGGAUAUUCUAAGGUAGGAUUAUGCCACCAUUACAGAGAGGUUGGAAUAAUUAGAGUGGAACAAAGACUUGGACUGUGUCUCUGGAAAACCUAAGAUGAACAGUGCCACCAGGAUACAGCCUUUUCUUUAGAAAAUUUAAAAGAUAUUGGAGCCAAAAGAAGCAAAAAGAGCAAACCAGCACCUCACCCUUGCAUUAGGAAUAGUUUUACAUCCCUAGCUCAGAGGCUAAUAUGCCCCAGGCCACACACACACACAUUGCCCUACCAACUGACGGGUUUGGUCAUGUGUAUUUAGACUUUUAAGAGACUACUCAGUCUCUUCACAUUUUCACUAGUAAUAUUUAAUAUUUCUUGAGCUAAAAUCUCUGAUUAUCCAUACUUUAUUAGAAAUCUUGGUUGCAAUGAGGAUUAACCUGGCUAGUCUCCUAAAUGACAGCAUGCUUAGGUCAGCACUACUUCACCUUAACUAAUGUUUAUUAAUUGUUAACAUUAAUAAUUUCCAGACACUAGUUACCCCAGAAGGACCUUAUUUUGAUGAGCUCUACUUCAUGGAAACAUGGAAUUCAGCAGGGAAGUACGAAAAGACCAAUUAAAUCAUGUUUCUUGUCUUUAUAUUUUUAACAUGUGAGGGAAAGGAAUCAGGAGCAUUGUAAAGUAUAAUGCAGCGUGACUAAGGGGAGCCAUGGAAAGCAGCAAAACAUUCAGUGAGGAAGAUUAGAGGAGAUAAGGGGCAGUAACAGAGUGCCAAUUGCAAAGCCCCGCAAGGGCUAACCUUCCAGCAAAAAUGCAGCAUCAAUAAGGGAAUGCUAAUCUUCAAAAGGGAGGUUUGAGAGGCUUCCUUCUGCAUGUUAUUAAAUAUUGCAUGCUUCUCAAGUGUCUGUAACACUUCUAAAAGGACAUUGAAUUAGCUAUUGAUCUGAUUUUCUCUGUCCUCCCUGUAAUCUCGGGAGGUAGCUGUUGAAUGAAAAUCAUGCUUGCUUUGUUUUUCUGUAAGGCUGAGACAUGACAGGUUCAGCCCAUUCCCUAUGCAGUAAGAAGCUGAGUAAAGGCAUGCACUUGUCUGGAGCAGCCAGCAUUGGAGGAAAAUUGCCAGGAAUGCGCCUACUUUGUAUUUUAUUCAAGAAAAAGUAUCCUGCAGGUGUCAAUGCUUGCAACAUGAAGGCAGUUUAGCUUCCCACCUUGCCAGCAAAACUCAUAGAGCCCUAAAACAAAAAUAUUUAGAAUUCAUUUUAAAAAAAUAUUCAAAUCUUGAAUUUCUAUACUGUUUUCUUAAAUGGUACCACUCAACCAACUGAUUAAAGUAUUCUAUUAAGUAAUAAUGUAUUCUAAGUGAGGACCCGGGAGCAGAAAUUUUUAAUACUUUGGGGAUGGGUUUUUCCUCAGAUUUAUUUAUUCAGGUAAUGUUUCUUGAACAUCUGCCAUGCCAGGUGCAGGGAACCUUGCUGGGUGCUGGGUUUUCUGGUUUUGGUUUUGGUUUUGUUUGAUUUCUGGUUAAUAUUUCCUCUCCUCAAUUCAGUUUAUUGAUCUACAAAAAUAGAAAAGCCUAUCAUCAGCUUUUAUUGGAUAUUGUCAUAAUUGGCUUAGACCAAAGAGUUUCUCCUCAGCUGCCCUGGAAGCACCUGCUUUUAGGGGGUCAGCUGCACACCAACUAAGCAAGAGGCCUCAUGGCAGAUGCAGCUUAGAAUACAAAGAAAUCCCACUUGCAGUCCUUGUGAUGGAGAAAGGAUAAUUACUGUCAUGACUCUAACACAACUGACCUAUCAUAAAGGCUCUUGGGACAUUUUCCAAGGACUGAAAGAUCACUCUUAGUAUUUAUGGCUAGAAAAGCAGCCUGUUGACAUGGCCAGGUAAGCUCAUUAGGCAACCUACCUCCAAAAAAAAUGUUGGAAACUAACAAUUGUUAUUUUACUUUAGCCCCGAGAUGUAUUCUAUUCUUCCACUCCACUCUUCAUGGCAAAUAUUUUUUUGUUAUCUCCACAUUUCUCCUGUCAGUAAAUAUCUAAAAAUAUUUCAGUUGUGUAAUAUUAAAGAGUUUUCCUAUGGCUUCAGAAAAGAAGUUAGCAAAUAUGAAGCCUUAAGUUCCAAAUAAGUCAAUGUACCCAUCUCUACAGACCCAACAGUGCCUUUGUGUUAAAACAUCAGCUCUAUAUACUCUACAGUUUCCCCCAAAACAAUUUUUAAAAAGUCAAACAUCACACAUUUCCCCUAUGCUCCAUAUUGUAGAUGCUAUCCAAAGCAGAUUCCAAAACAACAUACUAAGAAGCCAGAUUUCAACAAUCAAAGUAGACAAUAGAAUCACAACUUCAGUCAGUGUUCCAUUAAAAUACCCUUUAAACAACUACAACUUUUUAGUCAAUUUAUUAGGUAACAGGAGAUAAUGCCUUGAAAGCAUGAGACAGAUGUCAGUAGGAAAUGUCAAUGUUCUAAGCAACAUUGAAUAAGUGUAAGAUGGUCAUAAAGAAAUUCCAACUCCCACAUUGGAGCAGCAGAAACCUGAAAAUGAAAAAUGAAGUUGUCUAUGAGUUCAAACCCACAUUUUCUUUCAUAGCUCUGGUCAAAUUGUAUAAUCUUAGAGUCUUUGGGAGAGUUGCCUGAACAAUCUAUGGAGCAAAAAAUCUAAAUCCCUUGCCCCCUCCCCACUCCAUGGAGGCUCAAAUUUCUAAGUACCCUGGAUAGGGACUGAGAGAGAAUCUGGAAUCAGUUCUUACUGAGACCCUAAACAGUCUUGGUUAGCUCAACAAUCCAUGCUAUUGUUAAUUUACAGAAUGCCCCCUCCAAAAGCAAACACCUUAUUUCAUAGGUAUAUUCCUUUUAAAAAAUAAUUUGACGUGGUAGAAAUAAAGGUGCUGCCUGUUCUUAAGAAAUGCCAGACUGUUGUAAGCAAAUGCAGAGGGCUUAGUGCCCAAAGUCAUGCUUAAUGUGACUGAGAAUGUGUUUUCCUAACCCAAAGUCCAGUUCUUAUAUGCAGACUGUGGGGUGCUGUUGAGGCCCAUCCCCUGCCUUUCUGAACUGCUUUUAUUCAGCUGCAUGCUGAAGAGCAAUCCCAAUAGAAAUGAACUUAUUUGCCAUAAUUCUUCUUCAAAUGCUAGGCCUUUCACAAUUACAAUAUUCAUAAAAUACAAUGUUUUAAUGGAUUUUACUGUCUUAGCUUUAGUAUCAAAGAGAUUAUUUCCACAGAUUCACAUGAUUCCCCAAAACAAGCAUAAUUAGAGUCCUAUGAUUCUCAAUCCAAUCCAACAUUCUGAGCAUCAAAUCACAAUCAAACAUAAAGGGGAACUGGGAGGACUAGGUCUUGGUUAUUUCAAAUUCAUGAUCAAAGUGACCAAAGACAUGAAACUUCCUCUCACUUGUAGGUUUCACUUUCCAUAUGAAAUGUCAGAUACCCAGUACCAUCUGGGCUGUCAGAUACUCCACAGCCCAUCACUCAACAUGGACCACUGGCCAGGCACACACUUUUCAUGGGCCAUCCUUUUCCUCUGUAUAUCACUGAGAUUUUUCACUGAAACAGCCUUAUUAGUCAUCUAUAGAUUUUAUGUUUAUGCUUAAAUGUGUUAAAUCAGAUGAUCCACUUAAGCAACUAGAGUACAGUAGGAGGUAGUGGUGUAAAUUUUGCUGAUUUUAUAUGAUAGUUUUCUUUAUGUGUGUGUUUCCUUGGUCUAGUGAGCACCUGAAAAGUUUGGAACUUUUGGAAGUCAUAGCCAUAUACCACAUAGGAUUAGGAAAAAGCCAGAUAUAUGUAAGAGAAUAAACUAAGUUGUCAAAGUUCCAAGAACAGCCUUGACUUCUCCAGGGACCCUGAACAUUGUAAAUGAAGACAAAAGUACAAAUGAUGCCCAUCCAUGUGACUGUGGGCAGCCCACUGGCCUAAGGCACAGCAGUUUUCCUGGCACAGACCCAAAGCAAAUGGUUGUAGAAAUGUGAUUGUUUUUUUUCCUCUGGAUAAAAAGAUGAGUUUGAGAUGCUGAGGUAAAAAUGGGGCCUGCCUUCAACCCUUCACCGAAUAGAUGUUGUAUUUGAAGCAUUCUUUGGAGCAAAGAACUCCUGUGGUUUGCAAAGUUUCCUUUCAGUGCCAAUGAAUAGUCCAUUUAAUGUCAAGUUAAAGCACCUUUAAUCUUUUUUGUUGUUGUUUAAAAUAAUAUAUUUGUGAAGUGGAUAAAAGAAACACUGGAAAUUGGGUGCUUCUUAUAAAAGAUCAAGUGUAAAAACAUACAAACAAGGCCUUUGGUGACUUUAUCUGUCUUUGUAAACAAGUCUAAAAAUGAAUGAGAGCUAAAUAUAUAAAGCAAUUAGUUGUCUUUUACCAUUUAUAACUCAGAUCUGUAUUUAACACUUAUUUAUUUGUUAGUGUUUAAAAUCAUAAGAAAUACACUUUGAACUUUGGCUAACA